GAUUCUCAUUUGAAAGCUAUUUUCAAACUAAAUAAUGUUCACUAUAUUCUUAAGACUUUAAGGAAAUCUUCUCUUCUAAAUAUUGUUCACAUGUAUAACCGAGAGAUAGAGUCGGUAUACGAGGAACAGAUGUUGGACUCGAAGAGAAUCUAUUCUCAAAGUUGGAGUCGAGUUCUCCACUAUGUGUUAGAAAUGGAUAAACCAUUUUCACAACAAAGGACUUUACCUGAAAUGAAUAAUAUGGCGAAUAUGAAGCUGAAAGACAAAGACCGCCAGAAUAUUAAAGACAAGUUCGCUGGUUUCAAUAAAGAAAUCGAAGAAAUACACAGAAUUCAGAUGUCUUUCGCUAUUCCAGACUUAGAGCUGAGAGAAUCUUUGAAACAAGAAAAUAAAGAUUAUAUUAUUCCUAAAUAUAAAUUAUUUUUUGAAAAAUACGUUAACAUGAAUUUUACAAAGAAUAUCGACAAAUACAUCAAAUAUACACCGGAAAGGGUUGCCUUAAUAAUCGAUUCAUUCUUUGAUUCCGCGGCCUAACCCUUAAAACACAUCAUUAUUUGUUUUAAUUUAAUAUUUUGAUAUUUAAUAUUUUUUGGUUUUAUGUAUUAAAUAAUUGUGUUUUUACAGAAAAGGGGUUAUUUUAUAUGAAUUCAAUGUAAAACAAAUUAACAAUAAUUAGGGCUAAAUAUUAAUACUGUAUUAAAAUUAAUAUAUUUUAUAAUAAAAAUAUUUAAUAUUU